UUCCGGUUAAAGCUUCCCCUGCCCUCCCACAUCCUGUGGCUUCCUUUCUCUGUCAGAGGGACCGCAGAAGGCAAGCCGUGCCAGACAUCACGGAGGGAUGCCGCUGUGGCUGCUGUUCAUGCUGUGGGGAGGGCCCCUGCCUCAAGCUCUGAGCUACCAGCUGGAACUACAGGAGUCCGUGACAGUGCAGGAGGCCCUGUGUGUCCACGUACCGUGCAGAUUUUCCUACUCCUGGCUCACCUUUGCAGCCCCCCACAUGUCUUGGUUCCAGAAAGGGGCAGAUGUAAGCCGUGACCCUCCAGUGGCCACAAGCAAACCAAACCAGAAGCUGCAUGAGAGGACCCGGGGCCGGUUCUUCCUCCACGGGGACCCCCAGAGCAAUGACUGCUCCCUGGACAUCAUGGGAGUCAACAUGGGGGACAGCGGGACUUACUUCUUUCAAAUGGGCACAUAUUCAUAUCUAGAUAAUAUGCUUUCUCUGAAUGUGACAGCCCUGACUCACACACCUGACAUCCUCAUCCUGGGGACGCUGGAGUGUGGCCACCCCGGGAACCUGACCUGUUCCGUGCCCUGGGCCUGUGAGCAGGGCACGCCCCCCAUCUUCUCCUGGAUGUCAGCUGCCCUCACCACCCUGGGCCCCAGGACCCACCUGUCGUCAGUGCUCACCCUCACCCCACGGCCCCAGGACCAUGGCACCAACCUCGCCUGUCAGGUGUACUUCCCUGCAGCUGGUGUGACGGUGGAGAGGACCAUCCAGCUCAAUGUCACCUAUGCUCCCCAGAACACGGCCAUCAGGAUCUUCCAUGGAAACAGAACAGCCCUAGGGACUCUGCAAAACACCUCAUUUAUUCUCAUUCUGGAGGGCCAGGCUCUGCGGCUGCGCUGUGAUGCUGACAGCAACCCCCCUGCCGAGCUAAGCUGGUUCCGGGGGUCCCCCGCCCUGAAUGCCACCCCCAUCUGCAAGAGUCCAAUCCUGGACCUGCCUCAAGUAGGGGCUGAGGAGGAAGGAGACCUCACCUGCCAAGCUCAGAACUCGCUGGGCUCUCAGCAUGUCUCCCUGCAUCUCUCCGUGGUCUACCCCCCGCGGCUGCUCCCCCCCUCCUGCUCCUGGGAGGGCGAGGGGCUCCACUGCCACUGCUCCUCUCAAGCCCAGCCCGCCCCCACCCUGCGCUGGCGGCUGGGGGAGGGGCUGCUGGAGGGGAACCACAGCAAUGCCUCCUGGACCGUCACCUCCAGCUCUGCGGGGCCCUGGACCAACAGCUCCCUGAGCCUCUGCGGGCCUCUGGGCUCCGGCCUCAGACUCAGCUGCGAGGCCCGGAAUGCACACGGGUCGCAGAUCAUCGCCGUCCUGCUUCUGCCAGGUAAACCAGAACCCAGGGCCAGUGGAGUCCUGGGAGCAGUUGGGGGAGCUGGCAUCAUGGCCCUGCUUUCCCUCUGCCUUUGCCUCGUCUUCAGAGUGAAGACCUGCAGGAAGAAAGCAGUCAAGCCGGUGCGAAGCCUGAAUCUGAACCUAGCUGGCAGCGCAGGCUCUGGGGCACAUCGGCAGCAGUCCUGGAUGGACAGCCCUGCAGGCCACCCAGCUCCUGCUGAGGCUAGGCCCGUUUCAGGAGAGGACCAGGAGCUCCACUAUGCUUUCCUCCGAUUUCCCAAGCUGAAGCCCCACGAGCAGCGAGGCAUCAACACCGAGUACUCAGAGAUCAAGAUACACAAGUGAGGAACCGUUUUUCUCACAGUUCUGGAGGCUGGAAGUCUCAGAUCAACGUGUCAGCAGAGGCCUCUCUCCUUGGCUUGUAGUUGGCCGUCUUCUCCCUGUGUCCUCGCCUGGCCUUCCCCCUGUGUGACUCUAGUUUCUUCUUAUAAGGAUACCAGAUGUACUGGGUUAAGGUGCACCCUCAUGACCUCAUUUGAACUGACAUUGCCUUUUUAAAGACCCUCUCCCCUACAGUCUCGUUCUGAGGUACUGGGGAUUAGGACGUCAACGUAUUAAUCUUAUGAGUUUUCAGCCCAUCACACUCAGCCUUGACUAUUUUAAAAUUAAUGGCCUUCUUGGCAGUGGUUCGAGUCUCCUAGUAUGUGUGGAAGACCACAGGACUUGUGUCCGAAAGAAUUGAAUUCCAAUCCGUCUAUGCCGUGGAUCACGUCGUGACGUGACUCACUUUACUGUUGUACAAAGCAGGAAAGUCAUCCUGGUCUAGCCAGAUGAUCGCAAAAGAUCGAUGAGAGGCUACAAAUGAAACAGAUGAGUCCUGACACAUGGCUUUCUGUGUACCCUAAACACAUGUGUGUGUCAGGACGUCUGUUAGAUGCUUUAACAACGUUUCUGCUGAUGAUAUCUCUGAAGGCUUGGAGGGGCCAGUCCCGGAGGACACAGAACUUUUCCACCAGGAUCAAACACAAGGAAGGAUGGCUGCCCUUACCACUUCUAUUAAACAGUAUUUUGUAGAUCCUUGCCCGUACAAUAGAUGGAAGAAGUAGAAAUAAGAGUUAGCCAGAUCAUAAAGUAAAAAGCAAAACAGUUUUGGGGCGCCUGGGCAGCUCCAUGGGCUAAGCAUCUGACUUCGGCUCAGGUCAUGGUCUCAGGGUCCUGGGAUCGAGCCCCACGUCAGACUCCGCCCUCAGCGG